AUGUCGGUCCCCAUUGCUUUGGAGAAUCUCGUUUCUCCUGUCCUUGCGGAGCAGUCGGACAAGUCUCAGCCCCACCUGGUUCUCUCCUCUUUUGAUCAUGUUUUCGAGUCCCCGAGGUUGAAAGGCCAACCCAGUAUUACGCGAUACAAGGAUGGACCAACUAUCGCCCAAAAGCCAGAACACAUCGAACCGGCACUCCACGUUGACUCGAACGACCAUCCACUGUUUCCUCCCCUUCCGACCUAUGGCGCUCCUAAUUUCACUCGCAAUUCACGAUACUAUGCCAUGAUGUUUAUUUCAUCUAUACUGUCUCUGGCUUUUCUCACAGUCAUAUUCUCAGGAGCAUUGAUUUGUAAGGCUCAGACGACACUGCAGGCCGUGAUUCCACGAUUAAGAGGAUAUCGCAUGGCUUUACAACAGGGUUCUCUUGUCGAGGAGCGAAAUCGGAAAUUGGAAAGAGCGGAUCCAGACCAGGAAUGGCAUACUCGGCCGCAGAAAAAGCAUGUCCACGAAGAGCAAGGUCCUGACGAAUGCCCUCCCCUGGAAGGCAGCAAGGACAUGAUCGUCUGCGACGUUGCCUACUAUGCGAGACAGGUCGGGCUUGAUGUGGAAACUUUUCGUGUUCAAACGGAGGAUGGCUUCAUCAUUACUUUAUGGCACGUAUAUGACCCUCAAGAAUACACCGCUCUGUCUCCGCAGCAAAGACGUGAGCGAGGCCCGACCGUCUUCAAUGGAAUGAAGGAUGGGAAUUCAUUCCAAUCCGGGUCUGGUCGGCGAUAUCCCAUUCUGUUGGUUCAUGGGCUUCUUCAAAGUGCGGGCGCGUAUUGCACCAACGACGAUGACAGUCUUGCAUUCUUUCUGUGCAAGUCUGGCUACGAUGUCUGGCUGGGCAACAAUCGCUGUGGCAUGAAUCCAGAACACGCAACUCUUUCGUCCUCCGAUCCCCGCAUGUGGUCGUGGGAUAUUCGCCAUCUUGGGACCCUUGACCUAACAGCACUGACUUCGCGUGUGCUUUACGAAACCGGGUUCAGCAAGCUGGGUCUAGUGUGCCAUUCACAAGGAACUACUGAAACCUUUGUUGCACUGGCCAAAGAACACCGACCAGAACUAGGCGAACGAAUCUCGGUCUUUUGUGCGCUUGCACCAGCUGCAUAUGCCGGCCCACUCGUUCGCAAGUCCUUCUUUCGGUUCAUGCAAAUUCUUUCACCUGCAUUGUUUCGCCUUGUCUUUGGCAUCCAUGCAUUUAUUCCCGUCAUGAUGACAGUCCGUCGAUAUUGCAAUCCCAAGGUAUAUGGCACUCUUGCCUACUGGGUCUUUUCAUUUCUUUUCGGAUGGACUGAUGCGCGCUGGGAGCGUGAUCUACGUCAUCGUAUGUUUCAGUUUGCUCCUGUAUAUGUCAGCGCGGAAUCCAUGCGAUGGUGGCUCGGUAGCGAGAGCUUUGCCAAGCAUGGGUGCAUCUUGUCCCCUGCUGAGGACCAGAACAACUGUCAUCGUACCUCGACUGGGGGCGAUCAUGGUGAUGAUCCCCGGGACCCAUGUCUUGGUUCUCAAAGGGAAAUCCCUUGGUUCGGCCCCCAGGUGCCCCCGUUUGCUAUGUGGAUCGGUGGAUCUGAUGCCCUAGUUGAUGGCCAACGACUCCUGCGUCGCUUUCAGGAUGGACUUGAACCGCAUGUACGAGUCGUUCACUCCAAAGUGAUCGACGAAUAUGAACACCUCGAUGUGUUAUGGGCCGUAGAUGCGAUUGAGCAAGUGGGCAAAGAAGUGCGACAGGUGCUUUGGACAACAAUGCCUGAAGAUGCUCGCAGCGUCUGUCGCAUUCCGACCGGGGUCCACUCGGGCCAGCUCGAUGGAUAA